UAAACCAAAACCGAAAAAAUUACAACUACCUCUCAAAACGAGGAUUAUCAUCAUCAGUAAACAAUAAGAACUCAGAGUAAAAGGAAGUAAACUUCUUGAAAUCGCAGAAACGUUGCGUCAAAUUUCGGAUGUAAUAUAAAAAUCGAAAGAACGGUUUUCCUUCGGUUCCUUCCGCUGUAAGAUUUUCUCAAAAUGUAUGAUAUUUUUGUCUUCGAAAUUCAGAGAAAGAAAACGGAACACGAAAAGCGAAGAGAGAUUCACGCCUCAGGCGGAGCAGAUAGUGGUGCGUGGAGCACGGGACGCACGUGGGGCGACAAGGCACCUGAACCCGAAAUUGACCCGGAGGACGUGAGUCUAAUGAGUAGCGGAGCGUGUGGCGCGUUUGUGCACGGUUUAGAAGACGAAUUCAUGGAGGUACGUUCCGCGGCUGUGGAUUCACUUUGUGAGCUGGCCUAUCGCAACUCAUCUUUCGCUGUGCAGUCCUUAGACUUCUUGGCUGACAUGAUGAAUGACGAGAUAGAAAGCGUCCGGCUCAGCGCCAUCAACAGUUUGAGCAAAAUCAGCCAGCACAUUCAACUGCGCGAGGAUCAGUUGGAGACGCUGCUCGGUGUUCUGGAGGAUUUCUCAGGGGACACCCGAGAGGCUGUCCGUGAGUUGUUGUGUCAUUGUGUGUUCGCCACAAGGGCGUGUCUUCAUGCUGCCAUUCACGCGUUGCUCGGAAACCUGUCAAAAUAUCCUCAGGAUAAAUCGUCCAUAUGGAGGUACAGUGAGAAGUGUCUUUCAUUUGUAUAUUCGUCUAAAUCUACUAGCGUGUUACCGCAAAUGCUGCAACCUGAUUGGCUGCGCUACCAACUGAUGAAUUUGAUUGUUUCUUUAUAAUGAUCUCUUGGAGGACAGACACCUAGAUUACUUCGCCAUCAACAGUUUUCAGCUUCUUUUUAUAAAACAAAUGUAUACCAUGUUGCUAUGGCUCUGUGCAGUAGUAAAUCACAGAGGACGUCAAAAUGUGGUAAAAACAUCGGUGACACUCUCAGCUGUGCCUUGUGUGCCACCUUUUUUGUUCCUACCACAUUUUGACGUCAUCUGUGAUCUAUCACUGAACAGACACACGGCAACAUGGAAUCUAUCUUUCUUAACCCUCCACUCCCUAGCAUCAAUGUGCGUAUUCUCCAUACUGUUUUCUAUACAUUUCCUGAGGUGCUGAAAAUCAAUUUAUCAAUCAAGAGAAUAUUUAGUUGGUGAUCAUUUCAUUUAUUCUCAUGUCCUUACUUUGUGAUGCAGGGGUUACACUGUUGGGAGAAACAGGAUGCUAGUCACUCUCAGGGGUUAAAGGGUUAAAUAAUUAAAGAGGGAAAUUGAGUAGCCUAACAGAAAGUAAGCGGUUGCAAAUGAAAUGAAAUGAAAACUUGGGGCUGUCUUGUCGUUAAGUUUGAAUGACUGGUAGAUUCGUCCUCACCGACUAUCACGCAAAAGAAAUCUCGAGCUUAUGAUCUGAUUGACAAAUAAAGCAUGGCAAACAGGCAAACAGUUCUCCUCACACUAGUGCUGUUAGUUUGCGGGAACGACAAUGAGGGAGGGGGGGAGGGUGAAAAUAGACGCCGCGCACAAAAAUAAUAACCUUUGAUAAACAACUGAGGUCCGCUUUGUACAUGUCACAGCAUUCAUCGAUAACGGUUAUUUUCACGGAGUAUCAGGUUUACUUCAAAGGGUGAAUUGAAGAUUCUUUUCCAGUAAUUUUUAUUAUAUUUCAUUUUAUUGCUUUUUUAAUCAGGUGUUCAAAAUUUUUGGGUGAAAAGCAUCAACAUAUCGCUUCCUCGCUUGUGCCUGAACUUCUUUCUACGCAUCCGUUUUUUGCCACCCCAGAGCCGUCCAUCGAUGACCCGGCAUACGUCGCAAUUCUUAUCCUCGUGUUCAACGCAACAGCCAAAAGUCCCACAAUGUUAGCUAUGUUCCCGGAUCACACCAAUCGACAUUACGCUUACUUGCGGGACAGUCAACCCGACCUCGUCCCGCAACUUGUUAACGAGAAGAGCGUUUCAGAUUUGGAUAGUAAAAGGUUUGAAGAUGGAGGUAAGAAAAAUUCACUUUGAACUCAGCUUUAAUAUAAUUUCCCUGUUUUCUUUUUCUUUUUUUUUAGAACGUAUUCCUCCACUUAGAAAACAUCAUGUGUUGGUCAUAUUGCCACACGGUUAAAGCAUUCGACUCACGCACGGUUGGCCUGGGUUCGAAUCAUUAUCGCAGAUGCCGCCUUUUUCCUUGUCCUUUUUUCAUGAAAUAAUAAACACAACCACCUGGCCCCAGUUGUGCAAAGGUCGGAUAACGCUAUCCACUGGGUAAAUCUCUAUCAGGUGGAUAACGCUAUACGUUUUGUUAACACUUAUCAGGCCGUGUUUCGAAGGGUGCCGGGAUAACGCUAUCCACUGGAUAAAUCUGUCUGGUAAAUAGCGCAGUAUGUCUUGUUAACACUUAUCAGGCCCUGGUUGCUCGAAAUAUGGAUAGUGCUAUCCACUGGAUAAAUCUCUAUGGUGGAGAUGUUAUUGCGAGAGACUCCCUUUUAUCGAGGGAGGGGACGCGUACUCUUUGUCGCUUCUUGCUGAUGAAACAGAGGAUGAACAUUUAUCAUUGUAGGCGACGUGGCUUUUAAGACUCGACCACCACUUGCUACGUGUGCAAACUCUUUGAUUUAUUCCUUGUUCUCUUCAUUCCGAUCUAGGAUCACAAACUGCCAAGGACUUCUUUGAAAGCGUGCAACUGCGACUUCGACACGUCACAUCACUCAACCCAGUAAGCAAACAACAAACAUUGAAAACAGCCAUUCAAGACCUUAAGCACGUGAAGAGCAUCGAUUCACUACUCAGCGCCGAUGCAGAAUGUCUUUGCCUUUAUCUCCAAUGCAAACUGAUGAUCGUUCAGGCUCAGCAAGACAAGAUGUGGACUGUUCCAGCGGCAUUAUGUACUCACCAAAGCUCCGGUCUUAAAUCCCUGGUUGAAAACAUCCUGUCAACAUCGUAUCGCGUUGAACAUACCUUCACUGGUUUGGAUUCUCAGCAAAUCUUCCUUCUUCGACAACUGAGACUCAUUGCGCAUGCAUUGCAGAUCUUAGUCACGCAGCGAUCUAGCCGGACUAACGAGAGAAACUUAAAUUCCAUGCUACAAGUUUGGGAAUCGUUUUUGAAUAGAAUAAAAACCUUCUCCAACUUCAUCAACACAGAGAACAUCAACACGGAUGCUUUCUGCGCAGAGGUAGUUUCGUUUCCCGGUUUCUUUGAGUCUAACAUAACAAAUCCAGCCGGAGUUGUGGAUUAUGUUCAAUCCAUUAUGCUUUCUCAUGAAGUCCCUUGCUUGGAAUUGCACUCCAGUCUGAGCCAGGCAUCUGCAGUACUAAACGAACCCCGCGGAGGUUCGGAUAAUCCACUUUGCUUUUCUGCUGGCCUUACACUUGGUGUCAAUGUUGAAGCUAUAUUGGAGAACGUCCCUGAUGCGACCAAAGUUAAAGUGCAGGUGGGUGUCACUCUGCAGUCAAAUAUCAGAAUUUUGGUAAAAAUAGAAAAUAUUCGGAGAUGAUUUUGCUCUGGUCACGAUUGGGUUGAUCGUAUCACGAACAGUAGUCUGUUUUCCGAGACAUCUGAUGUUCUGAGUGAAAGCAGUAUGACGACGGACCACGUGAGGAAAAGCAUUAUUUCUCUUUUGACCCCUAAGAGUGACGAGUGUCUAAUUUCUCCGUACAAUAUCACAACUGAAUCACAUGAAGGUCAUGAGAAUAAAGGAAAUGAUCACCAACUAAAGAAGCUCUUGAUUGUUAAACAAAUUCUCCUUGUCAGCAUGUGAUGUGUAGAGAAAAGAAUGGAGAAUAUGCAUACAGAUGUUAGGGUGUGAAGGGUUAAAACAUGACUUUAUACCUUAUAAAUCAUCCUCUGUACUCUUAUGACAUACAGAUCACACAUUGCAGUAGCAUUUUCAGAUAAAAAAAAAUUAAUGCUGACCAGUAUCUGUGAGUUUACAGGUUGUGUUUCCUGAUCUGAGGUGUCACUGGUUUAUUCCCAAACGGGACGAUAUCCAUGUGCUUUCUCCAACGAAGCAGCGACUUGCCACGACUGUCAUCUUGUCGCACAGGGGAUGGUCAGGUAAACUGUCGUCACCUUGUUGUAAUUUGAACCAAGGGGGAUAGCCUGUACUAGUCCUAUAGUAAGUGUAGGUGAGUGAAAUAGUGGGCGAACGGUAAAUGACGGUCGUGGCGCUUUUGUCAGCCCCGAUUCUGGCCAUUUUUCGCGCGCCUGCGAAAACCUGACCAUGGCUGGAACUAAGAACGCUCCCCGUCAUCUCGAUUGACUGGGUUCGAUUUCUGGGGAUGACGUAAAAUGUGGGAUGAGUCGGUUAGUGGCUCUCGUCCAUACCCCGAGGGUUUAUCUACAGUUUCUGCAUUUUUCUUCCCUCCAUAAAAACCUGAAUUCUAAAUUACAGUUAGGAUCAGGAAAGCAAGAAACGAAGAGCAGAUCUAUAGAAGGGCCUUUACGAAAUUUUACGUUAUUUAUAUUUUAUAUACUACGCUGAGUACCCCACCGGCAUAUUCGUGACUAUGUCUUUACUCUGCUCUAUUUUAUCGUUUCAGAACCUGGUUUGGUAGAAGUGUCCUUGGUUCUCAAAUACACACCUGACGUGGAUGAAGAAAGUGUGCUGAAACUAUGUUCACGUGAAGAUAGCUCCACAGAUGAAGAGACGCGGGGUAUAAAGCAUACGAAAAGCGCCAAGGACAGUUUGGUCGACGGCGUAAUAAAUCUUUGUUCACCAGUUCAAGUAUGUAUCAUGCCAAAGGCGCUAAGAUGA